CGGGCAGGGGCAUCACACCAGCGCGGACGCGCACAAGGCACCAGCGCAGCCCCCACAAGUGAAGUGGAGUGGCCACCACCGCCACCACCACCCCCGACCUCCUCUCUCUCACCUCUCGUUACACGGCGCGGCGCACCCACCCGCUCGCCCGUCGGUUCCGUCGAUAGCGCAGCGGCAACGAGAGACGAGACAGCCAACCCAAAAAGACGGCAAGCGGACGGACGAUAGCGACGCCCCAACCACCAGAGCGCUCCACCCCAUCGCACGCCAUAACAAAGCACACCACCGCACCACCCAACGCCGUGCCGUGCCGUGCCGCGCUGCCACCUCCUUAACCCACUCGGGCACACCCCCUUUCCCUCCUCGGCGCCCUGCUCCGCUCACCCGUGCGUCUCCCACUCCGAGAAGUCGCAUUGCCGCCGCUGAAGAAAGGAGGAGCGGCCGCGCCGGUGUAGGAGGAGGAGGAACAAGAAAGCCGGCAGGAUGUUCGGGCGGGACCCGUGGGGCGGGCCGCUGGAGAUCUCGAAUGCGGACUCCGCGACGGACGACGACCGGAGCCGGGACCUGGACCGGGCGGCGCUGAUGCGGCAGCUGGACGAGACGCAGCAGAGCUGGCUCCUGGCCGGCCCGGGCGACCAGGCGGGCAAGAAGAAGAAGAAGUACGUCGACCUCGGCUGCGUCGUCGUCGACCGCAAGAUCUUCAUGUGGACCGUCGGCACCAUCCUCGGCGUCGGCCUCUUCAUCGGCUUCGUCAUGAUGAUCGUCAAGCUCGUCCCGCACAAGCGCCCGCCGCCGCCGCCGCCCGACCAGUACACGCAGGCCCUGCACAAGGCGCUCAUGUUCUUCAACGCCCAGCGAUCUGGUCCGCUGCCGAAGCACAACGGCGUCAGCUGGAGGGGCAAUUCCUGCAUGAAGGACGGCCUCUCCGACAGUAGCGUCCGGAGGAGCUUGGUCGGAGGCUUCUACGACGCAGGGGACGCCAUCAAGUUCAACUACCCCAUGGCCUGGUCCAUGACCAUGCUCAGCUGGACUGUGAUCGAGUACAGGGCCAAGUAUGAGGCCAUCGGUGAGCUCGACCAUGUCAAGGAGCUGAUCAAGUGGGGCACAGACUACCUCCUCAAGACCUUCAAUUCAUCUGCCGACACAAUCGACCGGAUUGUUGCCCAGGUGGGUAUAGGCGACACCUCUAAAGGCUCCACGCCUAAUGACCACUACUGCUGGAUGAGACCAGAGGAUAUCGAUUACCGCAGGCCUGUCACUGAGUGCCACUCUUGCUCAGAUCUUGCUGCUGAAAUGGCCGCCGCCCUGGCUGCGGCUUCCAUAGUGUUCAAGGACAGCAAGACCUACUCUGACAAGCUCGUCCAUGGUGCAAAAGCCCUGUACAAGUUUGGCAGGCUGCAGCGUGGGCGAUACAGCCCCAAUGGAUCUGACCAGGCAAUUUUCUACAAUUCCACCAGCUACUGGGAUGAGUUUGUGUGGGGUGGUGCAUGGAUGUACUUUGCCACAGGGAACAAUUCAUACCUUACAGUUGCCACAGCUCCAGGAAUGGCAAAGCAUGCUGGAGCUUACUGGUUUGAUAGUCCAAACUAUGGAGUAUUUACCUGGGAUGACAAACUUCCAGGAGCUCAGGUUCUUCUCAGCAGGUUGCGGCUCUUCCUAAGUCCAGGGUACCCUUACGAAGAAAUAUUAAGGACAUUCCACAACCAAACCGAUAACGUUAUGUGCUCAUAUUUACCUUUAUUCAAUUCAUUCAACUUUACUAAAGGAGGAUUGAUACAACUCAACCAUGGAAGGCCUCAGCCACUUCAGUAUGCUGUCAAUGCAGCUUUCCUUGCUUCUUUAUAUAGCAAUUAUCUUGAAGCUGCGGAUACACCUGGCUGGUACUGCGGACCUAAUUUCUACACCACAGAAGUCCUCCGCAAGUUUGCCAAGUCACAGCUUGAUUACAUCCUUGGCAAGAACCCACUAAAGAUGAGCUACGUUGUGGGUUUUGGAAACAAGUACCCCAAGCGUCCUCAUCACAGAGGCGCAUCAAUACCUCAUAAUGGUGUCAAGUAUGGAUGCAAAGGAGGUUUUAAAUGGAGGGAGAGUAAAAAGGCAAACCCUAAUAUCCUCAUUGGAGCAAUGGUCGCUGGCCCUGACAGGCAUGAUGGUUUCAAAGAUGUCCGCACGAACUACAAUUACACAGAACCUACUCUUGCAGCAAAUGCUGGUUUGGUUGCAGCACUGAUUUCUCUAGCCGACAUCAAUACUGGAAAGUCUGGAAUUGAUAAGAACACCAUCUUCUCUGCAAUUCCGCCGAUGUUCCCAACUCCACCACCACCACCGUCAGCUUGGAAACCGUGAAGAGCCAGAUCUUUGAAUAUUUCCUAAGCAUCAAACAGAGGAGCUGAGUAAACAUAUGAUCAUUUGGUACAGCAAAGGACGCAAACAGAAAAGCAGACGACCUAAGCUUACAUGGCUCCUCUUUUGUAUCAGUGUGAUAGAGCAGUAUAAAUCCUCUAUCCAACAUAGAAUGGAAGUUGUGUGCAAUGUGUGAAACUAAUUUUUGGGGUCCUUGUUGCUAUUCACAUUCCGAGCUCAUGUGUGAAGUUCGCUUUUUGUAGAAAUGGCACCUUUACAAAUCAUUUUAUAUAGGGAAGACUUUUCAUUAUAGUAAAGCAUUUGUGAGACCUUUA